AUGAAUCUGUUGUAUGUCAUUAUUGCAACAUUCAUCUUCGUUGCAUCUAUACUCAUUGCAACAAAGUCAAAGAAGAAAACGAUGAAUCUACCUCCUGGACCACCGCAGCUUCCUAUGAUUGGCAACUUGCACCAACUGGGCUCGCAACCUCAUCGUUCCAUGUUCAAAUUAUCUGAAAAAUACGGAUCUCUAAUGUCCCUAAAGUUGGGGAAAGUAUCUACAGUUGUGGCAUCAACUCCAGAGACAGUGAAGGAUGUCUUAAAGACAUUCGAUGUAGAAUGUUGUUCCCGACCAUACAUGACUUACCCUGCAAGAUUUACAUAUGGUUUGAACGACAUCGCGUUUUCACCCUACAGCCAAUAUUGGAGGGAAGUACGAAAGGUGGCGGUUGUUGAACUCUUCACCAGGAAAAGAGUACAGUCUUUUCGACAUGUCCGAGAAGAAGAAGUUGCCUCCUUUGUUGAUUACGUGAAACAAUCUGCUUCAUCUGAGCUUCUG